CUUUGUAUUUUCUCUUGCCCUUUUUAUUUAUUUUGACAUUUUGAAUGUUUCAGAAGCAAAGAGAGCCACCAAAAUUCCCUUGCAAGGUGGAGACAGUCCUAGAUAGGAUCAGUAGCCUACCAGGCCAUCUCAUAGAUAAUUUUUUGUCACAUUUGCCUGUUAAGGAUGCAGUCAGGACAAGUGUUUUGUCUAGGAAAUGGAGGUAUAAGUGGGCUACAGUUCCAAGUCUUGUGUUUGAUACCCAGUGUUUAGCUGCCUCUUCCCUAGAUCCAGCUCUGAUCAAGAACAAGCUUGUUAGCAUUGUUGACCAUGUCCUCCUACUUCACAAUGGCCCCAUACAGAAGUUCAAACUCUCUCACCGAGAUCUACUAGGUGCUGCUGACAUAGAUAGAUUCUUUCUUUAUCAAGAGGCUCUAUCAAAGAAUUCAUACUUGAAAUUUGGAAAGGACAACGGUACAGGCUGCCUUCUUGUCUUUUUAAGUGCCAGACUUUGGUUCAUUUGGAGCUAUUUAAUUGCUUGCUCAAACCUCCACCAACGUUUGAAGGCUUCAAGAAUUUGAAAAGCCUUGAUCUUCAGCACAUUACCAUUGCCCAGGAUGUGUUUGGAAAUCUAAUUUCUGGUUGCCCAUUGCUUGAGAGAUUGACUUUAAUGAACUUUGAUGGCUUCACAGAUCUCAACAUUGAUGCACCAAAUCUGCAAUUCUUUGAUGUUGGAGGUGUUUUUCAUAGUGCUAGUUUUAGAAACACCUUUGAUUUAGCUUUAAUUUCCAUUGGUUUGUAUGUGAAUAUCAAUGAUAUAGAUGACAGACGCAAAUCAGAUGAGAGUUCUAGUAAACUGCUCAGAUUCUUUGCUAAUCUGCCUCACCUUUGAUGACUGGAGGUUCAGAGUUACUUUUUGAAGUAUUUGGCUUGUGGCAAUAUACCAAGCAGGUUACCUAACAGGUGCCUUGAUCUGAAUUAUCUCUCUAUAUGCAUAAAUUCAACGAUUUGUACGAAAUUGUAGCCGCUCUAUCCCUGUUUAAAGUUCUCCUAAUCUCCGAGAGCUAGAGGGUUUGGGUCACCCUGAGGAACAACCUACUGCAGGACUAUUCACCAACAUUUUGGUAGACUACGUCUGGAGCUCACUGUUCUCCCAUCUGCGAGUGGUAAAGAUAUUCAGCAUUUCUGGAGUCAAAGCCGAACUAGAAUUCAUAAACUUCAUGCUUUCAAACUCUCCUGUUCUUGAAAGAAUGACUGUGAAACCUGCCUCUCUGGAUGGGAGCUGGGGAUUCGUAAAGGAAUGGCUGCGAUUCAAGCGAGCCUCCAUACAUGCAGAAAUCAUUUAUUUAGACCCAUAAAUAUCUGUUAAGUAUCAUUUAUUUAGACCCAUAAAUAUCUGUAAGUAUCUUUCUCUGGAUUGACCUGUAUGGCAGAUUCUUGUUAAGGAA